AGAGGAUGAUUUGGAAGUGGCUGGGCGCUUUGCUGCUUUUCCCGGUGCAGAUGGUUUAUCUGGUGGUGAAAGCUGCCGUGUGCAUGGUGCUGCCGCCCAAGCUCCGCGACCUGGCCGGGGACAACGUGCUCAUCACCGGCGGGGGCAGAGGCAUCGGUCGCCACCUGGCCAGGGAGUUCGCCAAGCGGGGAGCCAGGAAGAUUAUCCUGUGGGGUCGAACUGAGAAAUGCCUGAAGGAGACCACAGAGGAAAUCAGGAUGAUGGGGACAGAAUGCCAUUAUUUCAUUUGUGAUGUAGGAAAUCGAGAGGAGGUCUAUCGACAAGCCAAAGCUGUGCGGGAAAAGGUGGGUGAUAUCACCAUCCUGGUGAACAAUGCUGCUGUGGUCCAUGGUAAGAGCCUGAUGGACAGCGAUGACGAUGCACUGCUCAAAUCACAACAUAUUAACACCCUGGGGCAGUUCUGGACCACCAAAGCAUUCUUGCCGAGGAUGCUGGAGCUGCAGAAUGGACACAUUGUUUGCCUGAACUCUGUCCUGGCCCUGUCAGCCAUCCCUGGUGCCAUUGACUACUGCACCUCCAAAGCCUCCUCCUUUGCCUUUAUGGAGAGCCUGACCCUGGGGCUGUUGGACUGUCCCGGAGUGAAUGCCACAACAGUGCUGCCCUUCCACACCAGCACAGAGAUGUUUCAAGGCAUGAGAAUCAGGUUCCCUAAUCUUUUUCCUCCUCUCAAGCCAGAGACAGUGGCUAGGAGGACAGUAGAAGCUGUUCAGAUGAAUCAAGCUUUCCUGCUCCUUCCAUGGACAAUGCAUGUUCUUGUCAUCCUAAAAAGCAUUCUCCCUCAGGCAGCACUUGAAGAAAUUCACAAGUUUUCCGGGAGCUACACCUGCAUGAACACUUUUAAAGGACGAACAUAGACUCGAUGGUGCAAGGACUGCUCUUCAGUGAAACCAACACAAGCAUGAAAAUCCUGACAAGACUGUGAAUCAGCAGGCUUGGCUUUUAGCCUGUUCAUGUGACUUGCGCUGCUCUGAGGCAACACAUUUCUUGCAGGUCAUAUCCAUAGUAACAUGACCUUUGCACAGGAUUGAAUGACUCGGCUAUGGACCCUUGGAAAGAAAGAAAAACAAAAAGUGUGAAAUGUUUAUAUGAUGUUUAAUUCUUUAGAGUUCAAUUGUUAAAGCUACUCAUAGUUUUAAGAUGUAAUUUUUGUUUCUAAAAUGUCUGUAGGCUGCCUCGGCUGAGAGGCAGCACAUCACACCCCAGACUUUGUCCCCUCUCUUCAGAGGAACUGCAAUUACAAACUGCUACUGGUUUCAUUUCAGCUUUUUGAAUGGGGAACUUAAAAAUACUUUGAAGAACUAAACGUUAUGGACACUUAAUGGAGGCUUCCUUCCCUUCCUCUACUUUACAUCCCUUGAUGGAGCUGCUCCUGACUUACAUCAGGGAAGGAGCAAACUGUGAAGCAAGGUUUUCUUUGUUAAAGGCCACCCAGGACUUCUGCCUGGAAGGACCGUGCUGGGCCCAGGAAAGCUGUCCUACCCCACCUGUGAAGGCUGGAGAGGAACGCUCACUCAGAAGUGCAGACAGUUUGAAUAGUGGAAGAUUCCUUCUGUCAUUGAACUCAUAUAUGAAAUUUAAUUGUCUUUAUGAAUAUUUUUGUUCAUUUACGACAAAAUAUAUAUAUAUAUAUAUUUUUAGCAUUACUCCCAGCUUGCCACACAUGUAGGCAGCAUCACACUGGGGCUGAACUAAAUCUAGAACUAAAACUAGAGCCUGCUUGUACAAACAUACAUUCACUGUCGUAAUCCAUGCAGAGGAAAAUCCAUUGUAUCAGUCUGCACAGUGAAGUAAGUGGAAUAAUGCUCUAAAAAUAGAAGAGACCGUACUGUAGUGCUCAUGAAAUGUGAAGUUUGGAAGCACAAUUAUCAAAGACCUGAUUAAAUGCACGUUGAAU